AAAACAUACACACGCUCACACGUGCACAAAGUGGCUUUGUCUUUUUUUAGAUCUUAUCUCGAUUCAUCGUAGAACCUCAUAAAAAAAGCACCUUUCGUCUGGUGGAUCACUCUAAUCGUUUGAUAUAUUUGUGAAGCAGUGGUUUCUGUGUGUGGCCUAAUAAGAUCUUGAAAUCAUUUUUGGAUGAACCUUUGAAUACUGCUUUCAUAUUGGGGACAAUAAACUUGAGACAGGCUUGUCUCCACCAGUCAUCAAUGGAGUCUGAAUUUUUUGAUGUACAUGAUUCUGGGGUUGUUCCUUUUACUGCAAAUCCAAGAAGUCAUCCUCCUCAAGUGAACUUUAAGAAUUUACUAAAUGGUAUACUGGCAAUUCUGACCGGGAAAAAUUCUGCUUUUAUAGUUACCCAGCCUUGUCUGAGCUCCAGCUCAAACUUUGAAUUUCUGGCAUCUGGAAUCAAUGGGGAUAGUUUUUUGCACCCAUCAGUUUACUUACCUAGUGCACCACCUCUGUUUGAAGUGGAAGCUAUUAAUUACUCUCCAUAUCAAGAGAUACUCAAAGCUGAUCCUCCUGAAUGGCUGCCAGACAGUUGCACAACCUCAUGCAUGCAAUGCCGAUCUCCUUUCACAGCCCUUACUCGUGGAAGACAUCAUUGUCGGUUUUGUGGUGGUAUUUUCUGCAGAACAUGCUCCAAAGGAAGAUGCUUGAUGCCAAUUAAAUUCCAACAGCGAGAGCCUCAAAGAGUGUGUGAUGCUUGUUACGACAGGCUUGAUCCUUUGCAGGGCAUAUUGAUUAACUUGAUCAGCAAUUCAGUGCAAUCUGCAAAACAUGAUGUUACAGAUUGGACAGUACAAAGAGGGUGGUUAAACUUGCCUGUGGGCUUGUCAAUGGAACAUGAGAUAUAUAAGGCAGCAAAUAUUCUGAGAAGUUAUUGCAAGGUUGCUUCAUUAAAUGUGGAGAAAUCGAUUCCAGUUGCUGUUAUGAAAGGUGCGAGAGGGCUUGCCAUCUUAACAGUGGCUAAAGUUGGUGCAGUUCUUACAUACAAACUUGGCACUGGUCUUGUGGUUUCGAGGCCAGACGGGUCAUGGUCUGCACCUUCAGCGAUACUCUCUGCUGGUUUAGGAUGGGGAGCACAGAUUGGAGGUGAACUGAUGGAUUUCAUCAUUGUUCUUCAUGGUUCUAACGCUGUCAAGACUUUCUGCAGCCGCAUGCAUUUUUCACUCGGUGCAGGUUUAAGUGCUGCAGCAGGGCCUGUUGGUAGAAUACUUGAGGCGGAUCUUCGAGCUGGAGAAAGUGGUUCUGGCAUGUGUUAUACUUACAGUCAUUGCAAAGGUGCAUUUGUUGGUGUAUCUCUGGAAGGCAACAUUGUCGCGACAAGGACGGAUGCUAACUCAAGCUUCUACGGCGAUCCUUAUCUGACCACCACCGACAUUCUUUUGGGAACUGUCGCGAGACCUAAAGCUGCUGAGCCAUUGUAUGCUUCUCUUGAUGAAUUGUAUUCGAAUCUAUGAUUUUGAGAGCUCUUCUAUAGCAUUGAUCUCUCUUGGAAAAUGCUACAUUGUAGAUAAGUUCUUCCUGAGCCUUGUCCUAAUUUUGGAGGCAGACUUCUAUUGUUUGGUGUAUAUAUUACAUGCUAUAGCUGAAUUCCCAUGAGGGGGCAUUUGUUUCAUAUAAUGUGCAGUUGGUUGGGAAUUUGAGAGUUUUGUUAUUUUUUUUCCUGGUUCAAAUAUUAUGAUUAAUUGUAUUAUUUGAUUGCAUAAACUUUUCAAAUUAUUGCAUAUAAGAUCAU